CAGUUAUAACUUAUAAACCCUAGCAUUUCAUUCUUCAGUUUCUUAGUUUUCUCUUCUUUCCGUAGUUAGUAAUACACAAAGUUAAUAAGUUCGUACAUAUGAAUGAAUCAUAUAUAUAGUGAAAGAAUAAAAAAAAAUGGAUCGAACUAGACAUGGGAAGAGGCCGUAUGAAUCGGAGGAGAAAGAAGAUUCGAAUAAUAAUCAAAUGUAUUCAUCAGCUCGAUCUCAACAUGAUAUGUCUACUAUGGUUUCUGUCCUCUCUCAAGUUAUUGGCAACAAAAGUACGACUAACACAAAUUCUUCUUCUUCCUCCUCCGCACAUCAUAAGCAAUUAUUAACCCUAAAUCAUCGGUCUAGUACUACUGCAGCUACGCAAAACCAAUUACCUCAGCUCAAUCAACAACAAGGGAAUAAUGAAAGGAGAAGAAGACAGUACAGAGGUGUGAGGCAAAGACCUUGGGGUAAAUGGGCGGCCGAAAUCCGUGACCCGGAAAAAGCUGCUCGAGUAUGGUUGGGUACUUUUCACACUGCGGAAGAUGCUGCAAUUGCAUAUGAUGAAGCUGCACUUAAAUUUAAAGGAAACAAAGCUAAACUCAACUUUCCAGAACGGGUUCAAUCCGCAACUGAUCAAUUUGGGACAUCAUACCUAAUUACUACUACUAAUCAAUUUCCAGCCAAUAAAUUUCUCCCAAAUUCUGAUCAAUUACAACAUCACUACGCUCCCGCAGGUGGAAGUAAUCAUAAUGCUGAUGACUUGAACUUUGGCGUCUCGCCGAGUUCUUAUCACCCUACAGCAGGGUUCAAUCCUAAAGCACUGAAUUUUAUGGAACCUUUGAAAUCAUCAUCGAUGACAUAUUUGGUACAACAAGCAUCUCAUGACGUACAACAAGAACCAACGUAUAUUAAUCACCAGCAAGAAGAUGAAAACAAUCCGAGAUUUUCAUCUUAUUUUGGCACUUGUUCAAGCUCAGCGCCUACUUUGGGGGAGUUUGAAGAUCGAAAAUAAUUAUUUUUUUCGACCAACAUGAAGGUAUACAAUUUCUCGAGGAUAUAUGCUAUUUACGUACUAUAUAUUAAUAAGUUUUUUGGUUCUAAAAGUGCCUAUAAUUUCUUUCGUUUGCCAUGCAAUUAGUUGAACAGGAACUAUAUAGUUAUGUACUAUGAAAAUUAAAUAUAAUGUGGUUAAAUGUGCUCAACUCUUUGAGCUCUAUAGGGUCACAGUUUGAGUAUAAAGUGUUAUCAGUUCGAAGAAUAUUGAAGGCUUUUUGCAAGUGUAUAUCACUUAAUUAAACUUAAUAUUGCAUAGUAAUGUAAUUGUAUUAUAUAUAUAUACAUUUUAA